GCAACAUGACCUUCAAUGUGGUCACGUUGUGGUAUAGAGCUCCCGAAUUGUUAUUUGAAUCCUCCUAUUACUCUCCAGCAGUCGACAUCUGGUCUAUCGGUACACUCAUGGCAGAAAUGCUACCUCGAGGGGAAAGGAGUCGGCCAAGUACCGUUCCCUCUGAGGUUGAUCUACUCAAGGCCAUCGUAGAGCUCCUCGGUACUCCCUCUGAACAGGCCUGGCCAGAAGCCUCCAGCCUCCCCAGCUUCCAUGAGUUUGCUUAUCUACCCGAACCUGAUAAUUGGCCUCGGGAUAUGUUCGGGGAUGCUUGCAGAGAAUCGGAUAAGUUGGAUGAAUUCCUUAAAA